AUGAUAGAAUAAGAGCUAUAAUGUGCUAAUAAACACUAGAAACCUAUUCUUAGUGUAAUCUUUGAUAAUAAAUUUGUAAAAAAUCAAAAACUUUUAUGUCAUGAGUGCAUGGAAACUUAUACUUAAGAUGCUCGAAUUAUGGGAUUUAAAGCAGUUAACUAAAUGAUUGGAGAUAGUCAAAAACAAAAAAGAGAAUUUUUGGAAACCUUGAUAGAUAAUGAUUAAAAAAUAUUAAAAUAAAUUCAACUUUAUUUAGUAGGAUUGAGAUCCACUAUAAUUUAAGAAUUAGAUUCACUAGAUGAAAUCACAAAAUCUUGGAUUCGACAUAUGGAUAAAUUUAAAUCAGAUUAUUCUGCAUUUAGCUUCUUUGAAGAAUUAGAUAAAAUAAUAAGUUAUGGAUAAGAAAAAGUAAUUUAAAUAAAUAAAGAAAUAAUAUUUAAUGAAAUUAAAAAAAUUAAUAGUUCAUGGAGUAUUGAUUGUAAUAAUUAAUUAAAAAAAUUUAAUUAGUUUGAAGAUAGUUUGAAAUGUUAAGUUAGUUUAAAAGAUCUAAAAAUUUAAGAAUAGGACAAGCCUAUUUCUAGUUAAGAAGAAUUUUUGGGAAUGUUAGAUUCUACGUAUAAGGCUAUUAAAUGCAUUUUUAAUUAAUAAAUAUUAAAUACUAAAAAUGAACUAGUAUACAUAAAGCAUGUUUAAAAUGUUAUAAUAAAAUAAAAUCCUAUUGAAAAUUAAUAUGAUGAAUUCCAAAACAUUUUUUCACUUUUUAAAAGAGAAUUAUCUGAAACUUAACAAUUUAUAUUCUUAGACAAUAAUUAAUAAAAUUAAGGUUAUCUUAAAAUCUUUAGACAAGAUAUUUCUAAGAGAUUAGUACAUUCAAAUGAUUAACUACUUGAUAUGAAUUAAUUUUAUAAAGCAAAUUAUGAAAAGAUCUCAGAGAAUAGUAGAAGACUGAGUUCUUAUUCACCAAAAGAAAAUGGCUAUGAACAAUCAUUUAGUUAUAUUCAUAUUCGUUAUUCUCACGAAUAUGAAUAUUUUUUUAAGAAUUUUCCACAACAAUUUAAUCAAAUUAUGUUUGAUUACAAUGGUUGGAUAAAGCUUUACAAAGAGCUCUAUGAUUUAAUAAAACUAGAAAUUGGCAAUUCCUAAUAACAAAUAGAGUAUUUAGGAUAUUAAUCUAAUAAAAAUACUUAAAUUUCUAAUAAUUUUAUAAUCACAGAUACAAUGUAAAAGGUUCAAAACAACAUUAAGGUAAAAUAUAACAAUGAAUUUGCUAAAUUUGGAGUAAUUUUAUCUGAUAUUGGAGAAAGGUGCAUAUAUUAUUAUUCUAUGCUAAUUAUAUGGAUAUUUGUUUGUAGAAAGUAGGAAUUAAAACAUUAAAUAAUAGCAACAUUACAGAAAUUAUUAAACUGA